CUUGACGGCAUCCCGAAUUGUAUAGCGUGCCGCUGGUCAGUCGUGCAUCGCAGUUUUCCCCGGCAAGUGUAAGAUGGCGUUCGUUAGGGGUACAAUUUUGUGGAAAGUUUCUCUAACACUGGCCACCUUGGCAGCUGUGUUGGAUUUGCAAACGAAUGGCGCUAGUGCACUAAGGUGUCAUCAUUGCGGCUGGGACACGUGCGGAUCGCACGAGGAGCUGGUCGAGUGCAACCUGGAGCGUGUCAACCAAGUGCACGGCAAUCUGCAGCGGCUGGUGAAUUUGACGCAGUUCUCCGAGCUGCCCAACCUCGGCGAGUUUGCGUGUUUUGAGCUGCGGCUUACGAACGCGCACGGAAACCGAUCCGGAACGGUCAAAAGCUGCACCGUACAGUCCGCUGGAAUGUGUGAGCUAACCGACUGGAAGUCGGUUAAGGUGGUUGGCUGCAGCACGUGUAAUGAUCGAGACUUUUGCAACGGGUUCAACACACUGCUGCCGGCAAAGGUGGACAAAGGCGCCGGGUUCUCCUUUUCCAUGUACAAACCGUCGUCAGCGGCGUUCGUACCGCAGCCACGCGUGUGGUGUACCGCAGUAACGGUGUUUCUUGUAGCUUUGUUUUGCCAACUUCCGUCGACGUCAUUGUAGUUUAUAUCAUGUGUAUUUUGGGUCGAUCGAUUCUUACGAAUAAAUCAGUGUUUAUUAGUUUUAA